AUGAUUUUGGAGGAAGCACAAAUGGGUAACUCAAAAUAUCCUGCUGGUGUUGCAGAGAAGCUGAAAAAUAGUUUCUAUGUGGACAAUUGUCUAACUAGUUUACAAACUGAGACUGAGUUACAUGAGUUCAUUCAAGUGGCUAAAGAUGUUAUGCUAGAAAGAAAGUUCGACCUAAGAGGGUGGGAGCAUAAUUAUUCCCACUCCUCAACAGAAGAGGUUUCCUGUGUGACAAAUAAAAUUGUCCCAGUAUUAGGCCUGCAAUGGUCUUUAAACUCGGAUACACUUUCUGUAAAUUUAAAAGAAGAUUGUGAAGAUAAUGGACCUGUUACUAAAAGGAAAAUACUAUCAGAAGUCCAUAAAAUUUUCGACCCUAUCAGGCUAGAGCUGUUAGCUUACUCUAUUGGUACCAGACUGGUGCAAAGAGUUAUUGAAGAUUUAAAAUUAGGAAAUAUUCCAAUUUUCUUUUGGACUGACUCCAGUACCGCCUCUUGUUGGAUAAAAGGUAGCGAAAACUGGACACCAUUUGUAUAUAACAGGAUACGAGAAACUAGAUUGGCGAGUAAACCCGAAAAUUGGCAUUAUGUACCUGGAUCGAUCAAUCCGGCGGAUCUACCAUCCAGAGGUUGUUCCGUUCGACAGCUCUCGGAGACAGAGUGGUGGCAUGGUCCUCCUUGGCUCUAUUACCCAUAUGAUAAAUGGCCUAGAUCUGAAUUCUCCUUUUUGAACUAUCACAAGACUGUAAGAAUCGUUGCCUGGAUACUUCGAUUUAUUAAUAACAGUCGUAUUUCUAGGGAUGAUCGAAAAUAUGGAAUCCUUGAUUCCGAGGAAAUUUCUGUUGCUGAAUAUGCAGUUAUCAGAAUAAUACAGAAGGAAAGCUUCGUUAAUGAAGAAGAUGAAAAGUUGAAAACUCUGAGAGCCUUCAAGGAUGGAAACGACAUCAUCCGGUUGAAAACAAGGAUUUUAUAUCGACUAGAUAGCGAGGAUUUUAAGACGUCUGCAAUUUUACCAUCAAAAAAUGAGCUUGUAAAGCGUAUAGUGAUAUACUAUCAUGUAAAAAACGCUCAUGCCGAUACUCAAAUGUUGCUUAACAUUUUGAGAGAGCGAUUUUGGAUUCUACAUGGUAGAAAGACAGUGAGAUCCCUCUUAUCAAAAUGUGUUGUCUGUAAGAGACAUUAUGCAAAGAAGCUUGAUAUUCUUACUGCAUCUCUUCCGGAAGACCGAAUCCGAGAAGCUGCUGUGUUUGAGAUCUGUGGCAUUGACCUGGCUGGGCCACUAUUUCUCAGAGAUAAUAAGAAGUCUUGGGUAUGUCUCUUCACCUGCGCUGUCUAUAGGGCUGUACACAUCGAAUUAGUGACUUCUUUAUCUACGCAAUCAUUUUUACUGGCUUUGCGCAGAUUCAUAGCCCAUAGGGGACGAUGCAGCAUUAUCUAUUGUGACAAUGGCUCUAAUUUUGUGGGUGCUUCUAAUCUGCUGAGUAAGCUGGAUUCGAGCCUUAUUGUAAGUGACACUGACUUCAUCCUAUUAAGUGGAAGUUUAACUCACCGACUGCCUCUUGGUGGGGUGGAUGGUGGGAGCGACUGA